UUGAGAAUCUUAACCGAGAAUUAACCAAUCCAUGUUCGACAUGACUGCGAUCACGUUUCUUUUAUUUAUCUACAGUGUUUACUUUGCGUGCGCUCAAAAGUACGAGGGCUGUUUCCACAGUUCCGCCUCGGAUCCCGAAUUACCAUCGCCGACACUGGCAUACGCCAGCGUACCUGCCGAGUGUACAAAGAAAUGUCGUUCUCAUUAUUAUAUGUUCGCGGCAUUGAUGAACGGGCAACUGUGUUACUGCAUCAGCAGAUUCGGUCAGAAAGGUCCGUCGAAUAGCUGUAACGUUCCUUGCACCAACGAUCCUAAUAAUUAUUGCGGCAGCUAUGAAGCUAUGAGCGUUUAUGCCACUGGUCAGCAAGGGCCAAGUCCACCGAGGAGGAUACAAGUAACUAGGGACGACAUAGAUGCUCUUGUAGUAACGUGGCAACCGCCUGAUAUACCCAAUGGGAAUGUUACGUUUUACACUGUACGCGCUAUCGCUAUAAAAACGCAUGCUAGUAACGUUUUACCGCCCGUCGAGAGUCAGAUUCAGGGAGGUGCAUCGAACAGCACGAUCCUGAAAGGUCUUCAACCAGGCACCAAGUAUAAUAUAUCUAUUGUUGCCAGUAAUACGCAGGGGCUUAGCGAUCCAGCGUACGCCGUGGCAUGGACCUUGAUAGGACCUCCCGAUAAACCAGUUACUCCCGAGAUAUUGGAACGUGGCGAUAGCACCGUAACCGUCAUGCUCACCGAGGGUCACAGCGAAUACGGACCGAUCAGCGCGUACGAAGUAGUUGUUGUACAAACUGGCACUAUACCUCCAGUUGGUCCCCACGUUGAGUACGUAAACUAUGAGAGCGCAUCAAAGCAGGGUUUAAAUUACUACAUUACUGCGCAAUUCGACCCUUCGGACUUUCAUAGAUACAAGAGAUUCAUCGUAGGCGACGGCAAGAUGAUUGGAGGAUACUAUAACAUUCCGUUGAAAAAUCACUUUGUAUCCGUACAGGUCGGCCUGGUGGUGAUUUCUCGAAUAGGGAUGGAGAUACAACGUUCCUAUUCCGAUCUGGCCAAUAACGUGCUCAAUCGCGAAGCGACAGCGACGAGUCAAAUGGAUUCGACCGCUCUCGCGUUAUGCAUAGCAAUCACAAUCUUAAGUAUACUGCUCGGCGCUUCGAUAUUCUUAUACUUUGUAUUGCGACGGCGACACGAAAGAUUUAAUAUGCGGAAGCUGCCGGAGCAACAGGAGCUCACGUUGCAAGGCCCGGUUUAUGAGGUGGAUAAUAUGGGUUACAUUCCGGAGGAUAUUCCCGAGAGAGUGAAUCAUUAUCAAGAAUUGAAAAAGAAAGUGUGGAGUAUACCGCGAAACGCUCUAUCCGUCGAUAGUUUUGUAGUGCGCAGAGGUCGAUUCGGCACUGUGCAUGCUGGAACUGUCUCGAAGGAUGAUGGGUCCUCUAAUCCGGUCACGAUUCACACCAUAGCCGAUGGCGCCCUGAAAGGAUCCGACAAGAAGCAUAUGCUCAGAGAAUUAGACGUGUGCAUUCGAGCGGGUUCCAUGAAGUAUCUCACGGGACUCGUAGGAACCUGCGAGACCUCCGAUACGCUGUACGUCGUGCUCGAAUCGCCACCGCACAUCUUGAAAAAUCGUCUGUUAGGCGCGCGAUCCGGGGAUGCGUUUCCGACAGAUCGAAUACUGUCCAUUUCGACCUCGAUAGCGGUCGCGUUGCAAUAUCUGGCGGAUUAUAAGAUCGUUCAUACUCGCCUUUGCGCACGAAAUGUGGGCCUAACAAAUGAUUGGACGCCUAAACUUAUUGGUCACGGUAUCGGCAAGUACUCUUUGGAAGACGUCAAGUAUGUCAGAUGGACGGCGAUCGAAUGCUUCGAUCGGCAGAAGAAACAUCAACCGGGUGUAAUCUGGUCGUUCGGCGUACUUUUGUGGGAGAUACUUAGCAUGGGUGGUACGCCAUACUCGACUUUAACUCUUGACAGUGAGGUGGAGGACGCGGUUGUGCGAGGUAUACGUUUACCGCAAUUGUUGGACGUCCCGGAUCCGAUUUACGAAGUUAUGUCGUCUUGCUGGCGAGACGAUCCCGAAGAGCGGCCAACGUUCGAUGAACUUACACGACUGGAUACUCUGACUAUGUGUCCCAUUACCGCAAUCACGGAGCCUUAUAUACCGGAAUUGGAGUUGAAUUAAUUUCAAUUGACAUAUUUUUAUGUAUAUUACGUAAUGUAAAUUAUAUAUAAUAUACAUUACGUAAUUACAUUACAUUAUUAUCCAUCUUAUUACGUAUAUCUUUAUUUGUUUAAUGAAAGCAUCGAGUUUCAUUUUUUUUAAAUAUUGUAUUCACAAGAGAAUCUCAUAGGUUUUAUCAUCAUACAUGUGUAUGUAUGUAUGUAUGUACGUAUAUAUACACAGAUCUUUCGCGUAGCAUAUUUACAUUUUAUCUUUGAUAUAUCCUAAAUUUAAAUUGUAUUACAUAAAUGUAAUAUGUAAGAAGUAAAUUUUACAAAGUAUUGAUACAAUUUCCGUCCAUGUUUAGCAUAAAAUAACUGAGAUUAAUAUAUGAUUGGUCAGUAACGAAGAUAAGGUAAAGUUAUAAGAAUUGACACGAAUAUAAAAUAUAUGCAUCACGUAUUAUUUAAAUAUAAUAGAAAAUAUAGUUUUAUUUUCACACAUUUUUUAUUUCUACAUUUUUUUUAAAUAUUUUUAUUUCUUUAUUUUUAUUCAUAGAUAUUAAUCUUAUCCAAAUCAUUUUGUUGGUUUUAUUAAAAUCAAAUUUUUUUUUUUAAUAGUACCUUUGUGAUGUGCAUGACUAAAUCCACAUGAUGUACUUAAACGAUAAUAUACUCUCAUUCUCUUCAAGUACAAAUAUAUUAUUAUCAAAUUAAUAUGCAUCUAUAGUGUAAAUUUUGUUGAACGAAUUAUCAGCAAAACCAAAAUUGCUCUGAAGCAUAGCUUUGAUCGUAAGCUGAAGAUGUAUGUGUAAUCUUUUACAAACACAAACAUUUAAAUCGAAAUAUUUUUUUUUAAAGAGUUUUAUCAUGAAUCUUUUAUAUGUAUGAGAUAUACCAUUUAAUGUAUGAUUUAUACCACAUAUGAAUCAUACUUUUGUUUUAAAUCGCAAUAUAGAUUUCUAAAUGUAUAUGUUUUAAUUUGCCAAUGUUGUUACCAUGUGCAUUUAUAUUUUUUAUUAUACACUUUUAAGCUUUUUUUAAAUAAAAGUAUAUGUAUAUUUUGUAUAUUAUGCAAAGAGACGUGUCAUUUUAUAUUGUAAGAUUGCGAUACAAUGUGUCUGUGUAUGUAAGGCAAGAAAUAAGAUUUUUUAUAUAUAUUUUUUUCUACGUUAAUUUUAUAUUUCUUAUUCCCGAUUGCAAAAAAAGAAAUAAAAAGAAGAUAUUUGAUUUGUC